UCAAAAUCCAAAAUGGCUAGCCGUUUCGGGAUUGAUACGUCAAAAUGGAAACCUAGGCAUAUGAAAGGAACUCCCGCCGCUACAUUCAGAAAUGUUCUUGGUUUUGGUAUUAUUACAUUUGGCAUAAUUUCUGGCUUAAUAUUCCACUUCACCAGCGUCACUGAGGGUCUAAGGAACGCCUCAGAGAAGCUAUAUGAAGAUUCUAUUGUAGAAGUGGAGAGGAGGAGGAUGAUAGCAGCAGGAUUACCAUUGAUGAGCAGUACUGAGAUGAGACGCAUGAUUGAAGACGCUCAAAGGCCUGACCGUCCUGAUAUAUAAUUAAUAUGAGCUUAGAUAGUCCUAGUAAUAGGUAGGUAGCAUUAUUUCAUAUACACUAGUAUUGAAUGUUCCUUAUGCAGUGAUUCUGUUUAGUUUCACUGCACAAUAUUGUCACAGUUCGUGUUAUAUUGGUUCAUUAAAUGCAAAUGCCCUAAUAUGAUGUCUUUGCUUUUGUCUACUUUCAAUCGUAUUCAGUAGUCAGUUUGAAUUUGUCAUUUUCCAUAUGUAAAUAAAAAAAAAGAUAAAUUAA